AUGGCGGCACUGGCCGUACUAAAGUGUCUUUGUCAACAGCUGGUGCAGUCGUGUCAUAGGCAUGGAUCACUACAGGGGACUCUCGCAGUGGCGGUGGCUGUUUACAACAUGAGCAGCGAAGGCCCUGUUUGCGAACUUGAAACCCUCCGGGUGCGUGCUGCAGGCUACUACUCUACCGUGCUCAAGUACCUGGACAACUUCAGUGGCGUUCAUAUGAUAUGGCGCAUGGCCUUCAACAACUGUUGUUAUGGCCAGGGCUACAUUGUGGCACAAAGACUUGAAUGGACUGUGCGGUGGCUGUGCGACGAAGUGGCGGAGGAACUUGGAGGCGUGAGAACUUCAGCGCUGUCGGUGGAGCGGCAAGUCUUGUGCGUGUUGCGAUUCUUCGCAACGGGCAGCUUUCAAGCCUCGGUAGGGAGCGAGGAGACGAUCGGCGUGACCCAGCCUGCGGCCAGCAAGUGUGUGCGACGCGUGGCGGAGGCAAUCGUCAACGCCGGGGCCCGCAACAAGUGGGUCCAUUUCCCGAGGACGUCGGAGGAGAAGGCGGCCGUGAAGGAAGGGUUCCUUCGACGCGGCUCCAUUCCCGGCGUCAUCGGAUGCGUGGACGGCAGCCUUAUAGCCAUCAUCGCACCGAAGGGCGAGCAGAAGGCGGCAUUCAUGUGCCGCAAAGGCUGCUACGCCCUCAACACAAUUUUCAUCUGCGACGCAGGAAUGCGGAUCCUCGCCGUCGACGCUCUGCGACCGGGGUCAGACCACGACGCCCACGUCUGGAGAACUACGUGGUUGCGUCGUCGGUUCCUGGAGGGGCAUAUUUCCAAGGCCAGCGAACACCUCCUCGGUGACAGCGGCUACCCCCUCGAACCAUGGCUCCUGACCCCAGUCACAGGCCACCCUCCCAUACACACGGCAGAAGGCAGGUACAACACUGCACAUGCUUCCAUGCGGUCCGUAGUGGAGCGGUGCAUUGGGCCUCUAAAGAGCCGCUUUCGCUGCCUUCAGCGGUACCGCGCCCUCCAUUACGAACCAGACCGUGCUGCCAACAUUGUUGCAGCAUGUGCAGUGUUGCACAACUUGUGCCUUGACGAAGGUGACGUGUUGUUGGAUGAUGUUAGUGAUGACAGCAGCAGCAGCAGCAGCAGUGACGAUGAAAGUGGCAACCUCUCCCCACAGAGAGUUCCCCGACCACCGCACAGUUCCUUGACAGAAGGCCAAGUUGUGCCGAAAACUAUCGCCUCGCAUGUCAAGCGCAUUAUUCUCAAGGGAGAAAUAGUGUAA